CGCCUGGGCUGGCUGGGCUCCCGCCAGCCAACACGGCAUCAAUAUUUCAUCCACGUCAAUAAGAGGCAGCGGCGGGGACAGCGGCUGCGGCAGCUCUCGCGCCAGCUCCAGCCCGCAGCUCGCAGGGAGUCAGGUUCUGUUCUUGCUCAAUCAUGGAUGUCUUCAAGAAGGGCUUCUCCAUCGCCAAGGAGGGCGUGGUGGGCGCAGUGGAGAAAACCAAGCAGGGGGUGACGGAGGCUGCAGAGAAGACCAAGGAGGGGGUCAUGUAUGUGGGAGCCAAGACCAAGGAAAAUGUGGUGCACAGCGUGACCUCAGUGGCUGAGAAAACCAAGGAGCAGGCCAACGCCGUGAGUGACGCUGUGGUCACCAGCGUCAACACUGUGGCCACCAAGACCGUGGAGGAGGCGGAGAACAUCGUGGUCACCACCGGGGUAGUGCGCAAGGAGGACUUGAAGCAACCCGUCUCCAAACAGGAGGACCAGGCACCUGAAGAGGAAGAAGUGACUGAGGAGGCCAAGAGUGGAGGAAACUAGAAGGUUGCCAGUUGGCUGCAGAUGCCCCAAGGGACACCCCUCUGCCUUGGACCCUAUUCCCUCCUGGCACAAGGAGUGCCCCACCCUGGAGCGUGCCCAGCAGGCUGCCCACGCUCCCCGCACCCAAGCCCAGCUGCCAUAGGCUUGUCCUCCGUGCUGCUGCCACCGACUUCACCUCCCACCCUCACCCUCUCUGGCCCUCUGAGCCUUCUGACCCCACAGAACUGAUGCUGCUGUGAAUUUUUUUCUUUUUUUAAAUGAUUUCGAAUAAAACUUGAGCCUCACCCCA